GCCUCUUUGUCACAACACCAAGCGGCCGGACCUCAGCUACCACGAAUUCACAAUGGGUCGUGUUAUUCGCAACCAGAGAAAGGGCCGUGGCUCCAUCUUCACGGCCAACACGCGCCUGAACAAGGCCCCGGCCAAGUUCCGCAACCUCGACUACGCCGAGCGCCAUGGCUAUGUCCGCGGUAUCGUGAAGGACAUCAUCCACGACCCUGGUCGUGGUGCUCCUCUCGCCAAGGUCCAGUUCCGCCACCCCUACAAGUACAAGCAGGUCACCGAGACCUUCAUCGCCAACGAGGGCAUGUACACCGGCCAGUUCAUCUACGCCGGAAAGCGCGCUGCUCUGACCGUCGGCAACGUCCUGCCCGUCGGUGAGAUGCCCGAGGGUACCGUUGUCUCCAACGUCGAGGAGAAGAUUGGCGACCGUGGCACUCUGGGCCGCAACUCUGGUGGCUACAUCACCAUUGUCGGCCACAACCCCGACGAGGGCAAGACCCGCAUCAAGCUGCCCUCUGGCGCCAAGAAGGUCGUCCACUCCCGAUCCCGAGGAAUGAUCGGCAUCGUUGCCGGUGGUGGCCGAACUGACAAGCCUCUGUUGAAAAAUUCAUGGUCUCAUUGGGAUGGUGUUACA